AUGGCCGAGUACUGGAAAAGUACGCCCACCUACUGGUGCAAAUUCUGCAGCCAGCAUGUGCGCGACACCAAGGUCGAGAAGAAGAAUCACGAAGCGAGUGCGAAGCACCAAAAUAAUAUCCAGCGAAGCCUGCGCGAACUACACAAGGGUAAAGAGCGCGAAGACCGCGAAAAGCAGAGGGCGAAAGAUGAAGUAGCACGGCUGAAUGGUAUGUUCGGAGGGACGAAAUCUUCACCAAAUGCGCCAGUGCCUGCCACGACUUCCCAGUCCAGAACACAACCUCCGACACUGAACAUUGCACAGCAAAGAAAAGCCCACGCCGAGCAGCUCGCCGCGCUGGGCGUCGAACUACCAGAUGAGCUGACGAAAGAAGUCACUGGUAUCGGCAGCUAUCGUGUCGUCCAAGAGCGCGAGGUUGAAGACAGGGGCUCGAUUAGCAACCUCCUCAAGCGCAAGAUAGAAGAAAAUGAGGACCCUCGCGACGAGGAGGCUACGCCGAGACAAAAGAAAGCUUGGGGCAGCAACAUCAAAAGCUACCCAGGAAAGAAAGAUGAUGAUGCUGACAUUGGGGACCUUGAUGCACUUUUAAGCGGAGUCAAGAAGAAGGAAUCGAAGGCAGAGGGUGACAUCCAGGUCAAAACGGAGCCAAAUGGUGAGGUGGGAAAGGCAUUGGAUUCGCUACCAGACGUUGAAGGAGCUGGAGCGGCGACAACAGUGGUGUUCAAGAAACGAAAGGGCAAGAAAUGA